CUUUAAGUGUGAUUUCCUUCUAUUGUAUUUGAAUCGUGAUCAGGAAAAAGGAAAUGAAACCAGAGACCCGGGGCUGAGCCACGGAGUAAUAAUAAUAAUCCUAGCGAUGCCGAUCUGCCUCUUUGCAGCGCAGCCAGCCGGCUCCGGAGCAUGGUCGGAGGGGGCCGGGCAGAGAGCCUGAGCCGAGCCCGGGGAGCUGCGGGCUGAGGCAGGGGUGGCAGCCGAGGCAGCCGCUGCGCCCCCCCCGCCGCCCCGGCCCCGGCCCCGCAGGAGGAGCGCGGCGGGGAUGGGAGGAGGAAAUCCUGUGAAUGUCAUUGGGGGGCGGAGGGGGAACUCAGCUGGUGAAAAGGCUCCGAGAGCAGACAGCCUCUGCGGGGGCAGCGGGGGCAGAUCCCACCACAGGCACGCUACAAAGGAACAAUCCCUGCCAAUGUCAUCGGCCAUCGAGAGGAAAAGCCUCGAUCCUUCCGAGGAGCCAGUGGAUGAAGUCCUCCAGAUUCCCCCUUCGCUGCUGACAUGCGGCGGUUGCCAGCAGAACAUCGGGGACCGCUAUUUCCUGAAAGCCAUCGAUCAGUACUGGCACGAAGACUGCCUCAGCUGCGACCUGUGCGGGUGCAGGCUCGGAGAAGUGGGGAGGCGGCUGUAUUACAAACUGGGCAGGAAGCUCUGCAGAAGGGACUAUCUCAGGCUCUUUGGCCAAGACGGCCUCUGCGCCUCCUGCGACAAGCGAAUCCGGGCUUACGAGAUGACCAUGCGGGUGAAGGACAAAGUGUAUCACCUUGAAUGCUUCAAAUGUGCUGCCUGCCAGAAACAUUUCUGUGUUGGGGACAGAUACCUCCUCAUCAACUCAGAUAUAGUAUGUGAACAGGACAUCUACGAGUGGACUAAGUUAAACGGAAUGAUCUAGCAAAGACACGCCUCACAGUCCAUGAGAGACAUCUCACGGGCGACACCGAUGCAUAGCUGCAGCGAGGAGAUCAUCACUUGAGCUAUGGGCUUUGUCUAAAAUGGGGGGAAAAUACCACGGAGUCGGCCCUUUGCAGGCAGUGCUACGUAGAAUCUAAACUACAUAUAGGUGAAGAAGGGAGGCCGAAGCAAUGGUAGAUAGACUGACUUCUGUUAACAAAGGCAUACGGACAGUAACUGACAUCAGCCACGUAGGCGAGAGUGGGGGAACAAACACAACGCGAUAACGAAUUCUUGUAACUGGAAAAAGAGUAGGGACUCCUGUAAAGAGAUGUUAUGACUUUGUCACCUGCAGACUAGGAUUGUGCAAUUGAAUUUUCUUUUUGUCAUGUUUUAGUUACUGAGUUUAGACGACAGCUCCUAACGUAGACAUGAGGAAGAACACUGGAAGAAAGGGCCACCAGUUAGGUGGUCAUUCCAUACAGCCUUACACUUUGGGUAGGAGAGAAGGCAGGAAGAGGGUGGGGGUUAUUUUUGCAUGGAUUUUUUUUUUUUUCUUUGAGAAUGAACAGUGCGUCCUCUAGUCCCAAACUCUUCUUUAAAAAAAAUCCUGCUGAAUAGUCGUUUUCGGGCACUGCUGUUUCAAGAUGAGAUGUUCCACAGAUCAUUUCUAUACAAAUAUAAAUCUAAAGAGUUGUUCAACUAUUUUAUUAACUUAGAUUAUAUUGAGAAAGUAUUUGUUGUGUGUAGUAAGACUCUGCAGCUUUAAUAAAAAUAACAGAAGA